CAUUUUUGAACCGGAAGUACUCAGUUGUAUCCAGCGUCUGUGUUUUCAAGAAACUUGUUUUGUUAUUUGAAUUCGUGGAGUAAUACAGCGCCUGUGAAACAAUGGAUGUUGAAGAGCGGACUUAUGGUGGUUGUGAAGGCCCAGAUGCCAUGAAUGUAAAACUGAUCUCUUCAGAUGGCCAUGAGUUUAUUGUGAAGAGAGAGCAUGCUUUAACCUCUGGCACCAUCAAGGCUAUGCUGAGUGGACCUGGUCAGUUUGCUGAAAAUGAAACCAACGAGGUGAACUUCCGGGAGAUCCCGUCUCAUGUUCUCUCCAAAGUUUGCAUGUAUUUUACCUAUAAAGUGCGCUACACCAACAGCUCGACAGAAAUCCCAGAAUUCCCCAUUGCUCCUGAGAUUGCCCUGGAAUUGCUUAUGGCUGCAAACUUUCUAGACUGUUAGAUAAGAAUGGAGAAUGUGUUAUACUGUGACCGGCUUACUUUUCAUUUGUUUGCCAUCAUAUAUGCUCUUAUGACUUAUGAGUGUGUAUUUAUGAAUGUUUUGUAUUUUUUGGUCCAUUGAGGGUUUUUGUUUGUUUUUUGGU